AUGUCGGAUGCGUAUGACGAUUUAAUGGCUUCCGAGCCAAACGAAGAGCAAUUCUACAAAGCUACAAUAUUUCUGCAACAAAAUAUAGGACUCUUUCAACAGAAAGAACUACUACAGUUUUAUGGAUUGUACAAGCAAGCAACUGUUGGUGCGUGCAAUAUUCCCAAACCUGGGAUAUUUAGUGCACAGUCACGAGCUAAAUGGUACGCAUGGAGCGAAGUCAGUCAUCUCGAUCAACAAACGGCAAAAGCGCACUACGUUAGGCUUAUGGAUUCAUUGCAACCUGAAUGGAGCUGUCGGUCUCGUGUAGCAAGUGGUGAUCAUAAUGUAUCGUCUACUUGUUCGUGGGUUUCUGUUUCACUUCCUAAACGAGAAGAAGAGAAGAAAAGCUCUUCUUUGGUGGAUCACGUCAAAGAAGGCAACGUGGAUAUUGUUCGAAGCAUAAUCGAAACGGGUGACGUCAGAACGGAAGAUCUGAACAAUUUAGAUGAGGCAGGUUUAGGAUUGCUACACUGGGCUGCGGAUCGAGGAAAUGCAGCUGUUUUGCAAUGCUUGCUAGUUGCCGAAGGCAUCAAUGUGAAUCUUUGCGAUAGUGACGGUCAAACAGCCCUACAUUAUGCAUCCAGUUGCGGAAAUCACGAGUGCAUUUUGCUGCUUAGGAAACACAAUGCUGAUUGUACUAUUAAAGAUGCGAAUGGCGAUACCUGUGUAGAUGUAGCUUUUAACGAAAAAAUAAAAACUCUUUUGAAUUGAA